AAUACUUAUGUGCUUAUGUAUACUAUACAAGUCUUGUUGAUUGCAAACUUUCAUUAAUUUCAUUUCUUUCCGACCUGGGCACGGGGCUGCUUUUGAGCAAUGGCCGAUGUGAAGAGAUAACGAGGGCUGAAUUGGUUAUUCUGUCUAGAGCUGAAUUUCACACAAAAGAGGAAGAGCAUGUUCAAAAGAGAUCAUAUUAUGCCAUAGCAUAUGCAUCAUGAAAAGUACAAUUGUUUCAUCGAUUAGUAUUAUCAUCUAUCUUCUAUUUGCUGAAGUAAAAUUGGACGAAGUUUUUUACAGAAAAGAAUUAUACCGAAAAAUUGGCCAAGGCCUUCGUCUCAAUGUUACAGCUAUCAGGAAAGUAAAAGGUCCCACAUUUCCUGAAUGCUUUUUUCACUGUUUACAAGAAGAUUGCUGUCGUUCUGUAAACAUAAGAGGAGAAAACCAUCAAUUAGGGGAAGCCUGUGAAUUACUUCCUGGCGUACAUUCAGAAAAUCCCUACCAUCUUGUUAAAGAUGAAUAUUUUGAUCAUUACACUCUGUCGAGGCCAAAGCAAGCAUAUGGCUCCAUUGAUGUACCUGGAAAGUCGUGCUAUGAUAUAUUCAUACAAAGACCAGAAAAUUGUCGUUCUAACGGAAUCUAGUGGAUAUCUAUAGAUCAAAUUUCAGGCUAUAGCAAGAAUGUUUUUCCAGUAUUUUGUGACAUGAAGUCAGGAGGAUUCACAAUGACUUUCAAGGUCGUUUCUGGAGAAAACCAACGGACACAUGCUAUUGGUAAAUUUUGGAAGCAGGAAACACCAUCAGAAGAAGCCAGCUUAGAAGCUCUAAAUAAACUCAAUUCAUACAAGAAAUAUUACAAAAAUCGAAUUGUCUCACCGAUUAAUUGGGGCAAAGUUCAACCAAACGAGGUACGUUUUGUGCUAUACAAAAAAGGUUUGGAACAGUUGGUCCUAAAGUUCAAGAGUGAACAUAGCAACUACUUGAACUGGUUUACAAAAAACAACCUCGUGCAAUCACCAUGGCAUGAUAUAACAUCGUCUACAUUUAACUACUUUACAAUCGAAGGUCCUUGUUGGGAAGAGAGAUGUCGUGAUUUUCAUAUUAAUCACUACUACACAGAAUGUUCUGUUGAUGAUGGAUGGUUAAGCAUUGGAAACACCAUAGAAUGCGACUGGGAAAAGCGAUUUUCUGGAACAUCAUUCAUUUACAGCAAGGUUGGACGACGCGAUAAUUACAAUAAAAAGAGUUCGUUCUCUGGAGACUCCGAUGUGUUGGCUAUUUAUGUGCGAUGAUGUGCCCAGGAAAAGAAAAAUCUUAUUUAUCGCGUGAAUGUGAUAUGUUGCAUAGCAACAUCAGCGGACUCAGACUUAGGAAUGAAAAUUUUAGCUGCUAAAUUGAAUACCUCGUUUGGAAUCAAAUACUAAAGAUGUUUUUACGUAGUUGUUGCUAUGAUUAUUUAAGAGUAAUAUUAUUCGCUUAAAGAAUAAAAAUAAGCUCGUCAA